CAUUCGCAAGUGGUAAGUGAAAAAAAAAUGAAUUCUUCACACGGUAUUUCGCAUGAAUGAUGUAGCCUAUUUUUCACAUCUUUAAUUAAUCUCUGUUCAAUUUGUACGUAUAUUCUUUGUCUUAAUUGAAACAUCAAAUUCCUCCGGAGAGUCCUUCGCAUAAUAGAGAUGAAUUCAAAGAGAAGAAUAGUUUUGUGGAUUUUCAUAAUCAUUGCCACGAAUACAAUUCAUUUUGCUCUCGGUGAAUAUGAACCUUUAUAUGUGAGAAAAACAACUAAAGGUGACAGGUAUAAUUUGAUACAAAAAGUAAGGAACGAUUUCAGAGAUAAGGAUCUUAUCAUAGUAGUAUCUUUCGGCUACGAAAUAUUAUUGGCAUGCCCUCGAGAAGAUGAUUCCAAUUAUCUUGAAAUAAAAAAAAAUGAGCAAGAUAAAGCAAUCUUCGCUCCUUUUUGCCAAACCGAAAUCCAAUCGCAAAUUUAUACUCCAUCCAUGCACGGGCUUCCUUGGAGCGUUAUUGGAUUUACAAUCUUUACACCCGACGAACAACUCGAAUACAACUAUGCAGAUGUCCCCAUAAACCACGCGAUAGCAGAAUUAAUUGAAUUCAAAUUUGACUACGAGCUACACCGAAUUAAACUCGUUCACUACCAAAUUGUAGCCGGUAAAUUUCUGAAACCCGAAAUCAGCGAAAAACCUGAAAAUGAAAAAUAUUAUGAAGAUGAACUCCUUCUCUACUACAACGUCGACGAGUUAUAUUCCAACACUCAUCUCCCUGUUGUCAAAGUUCAACUAGCCCCCGCAGAUGAUUUCUUCUUCGCCAAUUGGAAAUAUGCCUCACGACACAAUGCCAUAACUGCUCCGAUGUGGAGUGAGUUGCUGGAACAGUGGCAAGCUCUAGAAAUAUUCAUACGGAGAGUGACCCAAAUAAUCAAUUCGGUCGAAAUAAGAGCCGGAGUUUACUACGAUACUCUCCCUCAACCUGGACCUGGUAGCUAUUCUCAAACACUGUACUUACACGAUGGGAAAUACCGAAUACCAAAGUACUUUUGGAAAGCUGUCUACAUACAUAUUCCAAUAAGUCUUCAUGAAUAUCACGCCCAUGGAAUCUUAUUCAUAAUGCACAAUGAUAUCGAUCCGAAUUCCAAUUCAAACGAACGAAAAAUCUGUCCAAACGAUGAUAUCUCAGAAUUGGGAUGGACAUUUUUACCCGACGGUCAGUUGUUGAAAUCAUUGAUGUAUGGUUGUUUUUUGAACAAAGGAAAUUUAAAAUCUUUUCAAGAAGAAGUUUUCCCCAUAUUUGAAAACAAACCGUUCGAUUUACGCGAUGUACCGGUUAGAGAUUAUGAUUUUGAGGGUACACCGACUGGCAGGAUUAGAAGAGUGAAUGUUCUCGAUAAAAUGCCGAUAUUGCAGCAAGCUAAAAAUGGCGACAAUCAAAAUCCUCGAAUGGUACUGCCUAGGACGAAUUUUACUCGGUAGAUAAUAUUAAUUGAUUUCUCUAUUCAGUAUUAAGUGUAAUUUAAAUUAGAAUCAGUAUAACGA